GCACAGGUUCGCCUUCCGUCUCCCUUAUUAAUGGCAGCUAUCAAUGCUGCAUCCAAUGCUGCUAGAAGGACGUCAGUCACUUCGAACCCAGGCUCAGAUUUCUUCGUUUGCACUCCUUCUAUUGCCUCUAGUGAACCAACUUCGUCUCCUCCAGGGCUUUAUUCUUUUGGGUCAAGCUUCGCGCAUUCGUUUGUUGGAGCUGCUGCUCACAGUGUAUCUGGUAUUUCGGGCUCUGUCUCAUCAGGCUCCAACCCUAGCGCCGCCAUCGCCUCUUCAGUUGGA